AUGAGGGGAUCACUACUCGGAAUUCUUCUUUUCUUUAAAUACUCCAUAUGUGCGGACGAACUGAACUUUGAGGGGGACAUUAGAGACUUUGCGGUGGGCAAUAAUAAAGUUUAUGUUCUCACCGACGAUCGACUGCAUCAGAUGCGACACAACUUAACCAUUGAGACAGAAAGGUACAUCUCUAAUGCAACGCAUUCCAACAGAGUGAAUAUUUUAGUCUACUUUGGAAGCAACAAGACACUGAUUACCUGUGGAACAUUAAAUUGUGGGUAUUGCGAGGUUCUUGAUGAAAAUGACAUCACCAAAAGUUUACACCGUGAAUCAAUAUCAGUUGGGCCUUGGAGAAAGGCAUCAUCCGUUGCCUUCAUUGUUGACAUCAAAUCCCAGAAAUACCUUUUGGUGGGUAAAGAAAACGAAGAAAGCCCCUGUGGCACCAGUAAUUUUGUGUCAUUGUGGAACACUCAAGAUGAGCAAUACGGUGGCAUUUUCUCCAAGUCUAACACUCGUGAUACUCCGACACCACCUUAUAUUCAUUCCGAAAAGAAAGUCCAGUUAGUAGACGGGUUCCAAUUGAAUUUAAGUUCAUACCUGUUUUUGAACGUAAUGACAGAAAAUGGAUCUGCAAGUCUUAAGGUGCAACUCUUACGGACUGAAAACAAGGGCACAAAGGCAGACACGUUGAAAUCUCUCAGAGGUGCGACUCUGAAAUGUUGCGAAGACAAGCAGCGUCGAAGACUCCUGUCGUCCACAGUCAUCAAGGACACUGAAGAAGUCCUCUGGGCAGGUGUCUUCAGUGCGGAGAACGCGCGGGAUACAGCGAACAAUGCUUUGACAAUUUACGACAUCAGCCAAGAACUCUCAGAGGUUCAUGAUUUUUGCGACCUCAAGGAAAACGCCCCUGCAGAAUGCAAGCCAGUGGGAAGAGCAGGACAGGAUGAAAAAAUCCUGACCCCGAAGACAGUGGUGUUUAGGUACAGGUCCAUUUUAUCAGUGGCUGCGGAGAAAAAUGAGCCGUGGGUUGCACUCUUCAUUGGGACAGAAGAAGGACAAUUGAUUAAGCUUGUGCUGGAUAAGGACCUCAAUCCAACUUGUCCAAUGGUGCUUUACAAAUCUGACAAUGGUUAUAGGUUUUUUCCCAGAAUGCUGUUUGAUCCAGUGGAUCGCAGUCACAUCUACAUAGCUCUGAAAAACCAGAUGAGAAGGGUGUCAGUGGCUCAGUGUGGUGAAUACAACACUAUGGGGGAAUGCAGGUCUGCUCCAGAUCCCCUUUGUGGCUGGUGUGUGUCCAAAAGCAGAUGCUCCAUUUGGCAAGAAUGUCAUGGGUCCAUCUGGGUGAACAUUCCUGCAGAUGUCAUCAAGAAAGAGCUGAAUAUUUCACAGGUUACUCUGCGUCUCAGGGUAAUUGUGAAAGGCCAAGGUCGUCCUGCAUAUUCAUGUUUCUUCAAAACAGAAAGUGGAGAUCUGUGUGAGACAUCCAGUCAAACCAGUGUCUCUGUCGACUGCUCCUGCACCUUCUCAAGCCAUCAGGUCUCUGCUGAGGGUCAGUAA